AUGUCGGCCCAGGUCCCCGAGGCCGUCCAGGCUCUGUCUCCAAGCCUCGACAAGUCGGCAUCGCCCGCAGACGCAUCGUCAACUGCCAGCGCCAAUGGCAGCUCCGGCACCGCCACCAAUACCAGCGCCAGCAACAAUGGCGGCAGCACUUCGUCCAGCGCGCAGGUUUCGCCGCCGCUCGGCGACUCGAUGGACACGCCCCGAGCGCUUGUCUGCCGCUGGAGCCAGUGCAACCAGAAAUUUACCAAUGCAGAGGUCCUCUAUGAACACAUCUGUGAGCGUCAUGUUGGUCGCAAAAGCACAAACAACCUGAGCCUCACUUGCCAGUGGAACUCUUGCCGCACCACCACCGUCAAGCGUGAUCACAUCACUUCACACAUCCGUGUUCACGUUCCCCUCAAGCCUCACAAGUGCGAAUUCUGCGGCAAGUCGUUCAAACGGCCACAGGACUUGAAGAAGCACGUCAAGACUCAUGCCGAUGACUCAGUCCUUUCCCGGCCCGGCCAGGAUAACCCACCAGGUAUGAACUACAGACCACAGGUGCCAAAGCCCCCCAGCUACUACGACCAUAAUGGGCAGAUGCGAAGCCCUGUCCCUGGCUAUCCUCAACCCGGCUAUUACGCUCCUCAGCCGUCGACAAACUAUGGACUCUACUUUAACCAGCAGCAUGUCAACACCGCUCCCCGCAGCGAACAGCACAUUGGCUACACAGCUGGAUAUGAGCGUAAGCGUACGUACGAUAUUGUCGACGACUUCUUCGGCAGCGCCAAACGCCGCCAGGUCGAUCCGACUUCGUAUGCCCAGAUUAGCCGCUCCCUGCUCCCUCUCCACGGCGCGCUGGCCAUGUCCAACGGACCCAUGACUGCCACGGAGCCCUAUCUUGCCCAGCCAGCCGGCCAUGCUGCGAUCCACGCAGCCCCUGUACCCAGCCAGAAUCCUUUGGCGCAGCAAUACUACCUCCCCAUGCCCAAUGCGAGGACGCAAAAAGAUCUCAUCCAGAUCGACCAUCUCCUAGGCCAGAUGCAGGACACAAUCUACGAGAAUUCUGCCCAUGCUACUGCCGGAAUCCAUCCUCAUGACGGCCAGUUUGCUGGAUACCGCAGCGCCCAAUCACCCACUGCUCUUCAUCGAGGCCCGGCUGGUAUGCACGUCGGCACUGACGGCUACCACCAUCCUGUCUCGGCCGCCAACAUGGCCUCCCCGUUGACUGCCAUCUCAUCCCACGGCACUCCUGCAGUGACACCGCCCUCCAGCGCCAUGUCCUAUUCCUCUGGCCACUCACCAAGCCCCUCAGCUUCCUCGGGAUUCUCGCCGCAAUCUCGCCACAGUUCAACUGUCUCAUCAGUCAUGUAUCCUAGCCUCCCCACCAGUCUGCCUACCGUCAGCCAUGGAUUUGGCCAGUCUACUACAGCGACACUGGGUCCUAGCUUUGACGCCGGCGAGCGCCGUCGUUACUCUGGCGGUAUGCUCCAGCGGGCUCGCGGUGCACCACCAUCGCCGCCGCUGCCGUCUUCUGGCGAGGCGAACGGCGCAACGACUCCUAAAGCAAGUGAAUCUGCGCCAUCGAUCGGGUCUCCUUCUUCUGAUUCAUCAGAUGUCAGUGAGGGCACUCGUGAGCGAGAAGAGCGUUACGAGAGAUGGGUCGGGGAUAUGCGGGCGAUCGAAACACUUCGCGAAUACGUCCGAGCACGCCUAGAUCGCAGAGACUAUGUAGAUGAGUAUCCAAACAUUGGUACAAUCGGCAAGGAUGUUGACGCCAUGGACCUUGACGGCAAGUCCAGGAGUCCGCUUGCCAAUGAACGUCCCCAGUCUAAGGAGAGCACCUCCCUGUAUCCCAUUCUUCCCCUUCCCGGAACCAGGUCAUGA